AUGUCACAAAUCGACGACAUCACGGAAUCCUACGAUCUCGUCGUAGUAGGUUCAGGCUGGUUUGGUCUCGCUGCUGCUCGAGCAUACAUCCAAAACCACCCACAUGAGAAGAUUGCUGUACUAGAGAGCAAUGAGACUGUGGGUGGCACCUGGUCCAAAGCCAGACUUUAUCCAGGACUCAAAUCCAACAACAUGCUUGGAAGUUAUGAAUACCCCGACUUCCCAAUGGAUUCUAAAGUCUAUGGCGUCAAGCCAGGUGGCCAUAUUCCUGGAGCAGUAUUGAACCGCUAUCUGACAGAUUUCGCUCGACACUUUGGAGUUCUAGAACGUCUUCAAUUCCAAACCACGGUUAUCCAGGUCGAGCCGACUCCAUCAGAUGGUUGGAGGCUUACAGCACAAACACCGAAAGGCCAGAAAGUCGUUGAGACGAAAAGAUUGAUCCUGGCAACUGGGCUGACGUCGACUCCCAACAUGCCUGUCUACGCUGGUUCGGAACAGUUCAACAAGCCUUUCUUCCAUGCCAAAGACUUCUGCACUAUGGCACCCAAGCUGAAAGAUGUCAAGAAUGCUGUUGUCGUCGGCGGUGCGAAAUCUGCCUACGAUGUGGCUUAUGCAAUGGUAGAAACCGGCUCGACAGUGGAUCUCAUCAUUCGUCCCAACGGUCACGGCCCGGUUUGGAUCACGCCUCGAUAUGUCACACCUCUAAAGAAGCGUAUCGACACGAUUCUCAACGUCAGAUUCAUGACUUGGUUCAGUCCUUGUCCUUGGGGUAGCGAAGAUGGUUAUGCCGGCCCCCGUAAUUUCCUACACAGCACAAUUCUUGGUCGAUUCAUCGUCAGGACUUUUUGGAAAGUCCUGGGAGGCGAUGUCCUGACAGCGAACCAAUACGAGUCGCAUCCCGAAUUGCAAAAACUCCAGCCCUGGCAUCCUGUGUUCUGGAUCGGAAGUGGAUUGAGCAUCCUAAACUAUGAUACUCCUUUGUUCGACAUGGUGAAACAAGGAAAAAUUCGGGUCCAUGUGGAGAAUAUUGAUCAUCUCGAACCUGGUAAGGUUGUACUCGAUUCCGGAAAAAUGCUAGACGCAGAUGCUUUGAUCUGCUCGACUGGAUGGAAGAAGGAGUCAACAAUCAAGUUCAAGGGCGUAGAGGCCGAUGAUCUGAGUUUGAGACUUUCCGAGGAAGAACAAGCCUUGGUCAACGCUCAGUUCGACAAGAAGGUGCUGGAUAUGUUCCCUAUCCUGGCUCAACAGCCACAGCUCAGAUUCGAACCCCCACCAGCCAAUCCUCUGCGUAACUAUCGCUUCAUGGUACCAUCAGCUUAUCUCGAGAAGCGAAACUUGGCUUAUGCAGGCAUGAUCUCCUCCGUCAGUACAGCGAUAUGUGCGGCUACCCAGGGCAUGUGGAUCUCUGCUCACUUCGACAACAAGCUCGAUCGUGUGGCCAGGACAAGAGAAGAAGUCAUUCAAGAAGUCAUGCUGCACACUCAGUGGGGCAAAUGGCGAUACCCUUGUGGAUAUGGUGCUAGUCUUCCUGACUUUGUGUUUGAGGGCAUUCCGUAUGUCGACAUGCUGCUGAAAGAUCUGGGAGUCAGGAACCAUCGCAAGGAUUCUCUCUUUGCAGAACUGACUUCUCCGUAUACCCCUCAGGAUUAUGCAGGAGUCUACGACGAGUGGUCUGACAAGCAUCCCCUAGUGAAGUAA